UCAGCAGGGCACCCGUCCUCGCCACCUGUGGUGGACACCGUGCAUGGCAAAGUCCUGGGGAAGUAUGUCAGCUUAGAAGGAUUUGCAAAGCCCGUGGCUGUUUUCCUGGGAAUCCCUUUUGCCAAGCCCCCCCUUGGAUCCCUGAGAUUCGCUCCGCCGCAGCCUGCGGAGCCCUGGAACUUUGUGAAGAAUACCACCUCUUACCCUCCUAUGUGCUCCCAAGAUACAGCGACAGGACAGAUGAUCUCGGAAAUCGUUACCGUCAGAAAGGAGAGCAUUCCCCUCAAGUUUUCUGAAGACUGUCUUUACCUAAAUAUUUACACCCCCGCUGACUUGACCAGGAAAAGCAGGCUGCCGGUAAUGGUGUGGAUCCAUGGAGGUGGUCUGCUGAGUGGCGGGGCAUCAACGUACGAUGGACUAGUCCUGUCUACCCAUGAAGAUGUGGUGGUGGUGACCAUUCAGUAUCGCCUGGGGAUCUGGGGAUUCUUCAGCACUGGAGAUGAGCACAGCCGGGGUAACUGGGGUCACUUGGACCAGGUGUCUGCACUGCGCUGGGUCCAGGAGAACAUUGCCAACUUUGGAGGGAACCCGGGCUCAGUGACCAUCUUUGGAGAGUCUGCAGGAGGUGAAAGUGUCUCUGUUCUUGUUUUAUCUCCUCUGGCCAAGAACCUCUUCCACCGGGCCAUUUCUGAGAGUGGCGUGGCCCUUACUGAUCCUCUGUUCAAGAAUGAAAGCAGGUCUGCAGCCGAGAAAAUUGCUAUCUUGGCUGGGUGUAAAACCACCACCUCUGCUGUCAUGGUUCACUGCCUGCGCCAGAAGACAGAAGAGGAACUCUUGGAGACGUCGCUGAAGAUGAAAUUCUUCACUCUUGAUUUUCUUGGAGACCCCAGAGAGAGCUAUCCCUUCCUGCCCAGUGUGGUUGAUGGAGUGGUGUUGCCCAAGACACCUGAAGAGAUUAUGGCUGAAAAGAAAUUCAACGCAGUCCCCUACAUCGUCGGAAUCAACAAGCAAGAAUUUGGCUGGGUUCUUCCAACACUAAUGGGCUACCCACUCUCAGAAGGUAAACUGGACCAGAAGACCGCCAAGUCGCUGUUGUGGAAGUCCUACCCCCUUGUUGCCAUCCCUGAAGAACUGACUCCGGUGAUCACUGAGAAGUAUUUAGGUGGGACAGAUGACCCUGUCAAAAAGAAAGAUCUCUUCCUGGAAAUGCUUGGAGAUGCACUAUUUAAUGUCCCAUCUGUGAUUGUGGCAUGUCAUCACAGGGAUGCCGGAGCCCCCACGUACAUGUACGAGUUUCAGCAUCGUCCAAGCUUUUCAUCAGAGAUGAAACCCAAGACGGUGAUAGGAGACCACGGGGAUGAGCUCUUCUCCGUCUUCGGGACUCCGUUUUUAAAAGAGGGUGCCACAGAAGAGGAGGUCAAACUCAGCAAGAUGGUGAUGAAAUUGUGGGCCAACUUUGCUCGGAAUGGGAACCCCAACGGAGAAGGGCUGCCCCAUUGGCCAGCAUAUGACGAGAAGGAAGGGUACCUGCAGAUUGGCAUCACCACUAAGGCAGCCCAGAAGCUGAAAGACAAGGAGGUGGCUUUCUGGACUGAGGUCCUGGCCAAAAAGGCAGCAGAUAAGCCACCGCAGGCAGAGCACAUUGAGCUAUGA